CAAAAACCCAAGUUCAGAAACUCGUGCAGUUCGGAAGUUAAGAACAUGAGAUAGAGGAGAAGAUCUAUGGACUCAUUCAGGUGGAUUCAAAUGUUUUUAUCUCUGAUUCUGCUGCUUCACGUCACAGGAACUGUUCAGACCAAACCCUUUGCUGUCACACCUGGAGUUCAGGUCAAUCUGCCUUGUGAAAAUGUGACCGACACUGAGGACAGAUGCAAACGUACAACCUGGAUCUACACUCAUUCAGGCAAAUCAGUAACGCUGUUUGAAGAAGGGAAGAUUCAUAAAGACGCCAGCGUUAAAUCAGACAGACUGACGCUUGAUCCUGACUGCUCUCUGGUUAUAAAGACGGUUACAGCUGAGGAUGAUGGUCGCUACAGCUGCAGACACUUCAAAUCAGGAGAAGGACACGGUGAAGACACUCACUAUGAUCUGACUGUUGUCACGGGUGAGGCCACAAGAACAACCAGAGCCAAACCAGCGACAACACCAACAAGUAAAUCGACCAGAUCUACAGCAGCAGCAGCAGAAAGCACACCAUCAGAGACAACCACAGCAGCAUCUGCGAUCUCUGAUCGAAAACAAGCUUGGUGGUGGUUCGUCAUUGUGGCCGUUGGUGUAGCAGCGCUCAUGAUAACUGUUGUUGCGCUCGUCAGGUGGAGCAGAACUGAAGGGAACAAAACACAGAUGGAAGAAAACACGGCUGACCCUGAAGAUGGUGUUCACUACGCCUCCGUCAGCUUCACCAGGAAGACCGACAGUGAAGAUCAGAUUCUGGGUAAAGAUGAUGAUGAUGAUGAGAAUGAUGAAGAUGAUGAAGAUGAUGAUGAAGCAGUGACCCACACCACUGUGAAAACCUCCUCUUGUUCUGCUGGAGCGUCUGCUGAUCCCAGCAAUCUGUACGCCACCAUCAGCAAACCAAAGAAAUAAGUCAUCACGGCAGAGUUACAGCUCAAUUUACUUCAAAGACAGUGAUAAAUGUUCUAUGGUGUUUUCUUUUUUAAGAUCAGUGUCAGGGUGUGUUGCUGUAAAAAGCCUUUGUGUCCAGCAGGGGGAGCAGCAGAUUAAGUAAUAGCACAAUGGUAAAAGGAGCUGUGGUAACCAGUGGUGGAAGGAGUCCUCAGAUCCUUUGAUUAAGUCCAAGUACUAAUGCCAUAUUGUGAAAAAAACUUCGGUACAAGUAAAAGUCCUGCAUACAAAGCCUUACUGAGAUAAACGUGAGAAAUGA